GCGACACUGUGACUGAGAGUGAGUCUUCACUUCUGUACUCUUGAGAAGAGAACUUUGCUCGCGUGAGCUUUCUUUUCAAAUCAUUUUUUGGGUGCUUCCUUUUCGCUUAAGUUCUCUGAUAUUUACUUUCGUUGCCUAUCAACCGUCGACGUCGUUUUCUCCAAGGGCGCCAAAAACCACUCUGUUUUGUCUGCUUUUCCUUUUAAGACUGAACACACGAACACGUUAACCCACUCAUCUUCCUUCGAUUCAAUUAUCUGUAAAUAUCUUCUCAAAUCAAUCUCAUUCAGUAAUGUCCAUGUGCCUUCUUGAUAUCUCUUCCACUGAGUUUCAAAUUUCGUUCAUUGCUCUUUUCUUCCCCUCGUGACUGUCUUCCCUUGGAUCCCGUGAGUUGACUGCCUUUCCUCAAAGAGUUUAAUGUUUGUUGAGUUGAAAGCUUGAAGAUCGAAGCCAGUAGAUCUAAAGUUAAUCUUCGAAGAAGAGGCUCUACUUGUACGUUUGAUUCCAUCAUUUCUCUUUGGGUUUUCUGGUUGAUAAUUUAUAAGUUCGUUUGUUGGAAACUGGAUUACUUUGCUUUUCCGCUGGAAUCGUACCACUGAAUUGCUAGGAGAACCAGAGAUGGGAACUACUGGAAAAGCCAAUAGUUCUGCUUCUGGAAUUUCUAAAAAAAUCCCGGCAGUAGCACAUCCCUUGGCAGGAGAACCAUCAGAUAUUGCUGCCAAUAUCAAUUACCACGCACAAUACAGUCCUCAUUUUUCUCUUUUCAAGUUUGAUCCGGAGCAAGCAUACCAUGCAACAGCAGAGAGUGUUCGCGACCGCCUCAUACAUCAAUGGAAUGAAACAUACUUUCAUUUUCACAAAGUUGAUCCAAAACAAACUUACUACCUGUCGAUGGAGUUUCUUCAAGGCCGUGCUCUAACAAAUGCAAUUGGAAAUCUGGACAUUCAAGAUGCAUAUGCUGAUGCUUUGAUUAAGUUGGGACAUGAGCUUGAGAACAUUUCUGAACAGGAGAAAGAUGCGGCCCUUGGAAAUGGUGGUUUAGGGAGGCUUGCAUCAUGCUUUCUUGACUCCAUGGCUACACUAAAUUUUCCUGCAUGGGGUUAUGGUUUACGAUACAGAUAUGGACUGUUCAAGCAAAGGAUUACCAGGGAGGGACAAGAAGAAAUUGCAGAGGAUUGGCUCGAGAAGUUCAGUCCAUGGGAAGUUGUCAGACAUGAUAUCAUAUAUCCUAUUAGGUUUUUUGGUCAUGUGGAGGUCUCUCCUUCUGGAUCUCGAAAGUGGGUUGGGGGAGAGGUUCUUCAAGCUCUCGCUUGUGAUGUCCCCAUUCCAGGAUACAAGACCAAGAACACCAUUAGUCUUCGUCUUUGGGAAGCAAAAGCUGGGGCUGGGGAUUUCAAUUUAUUCCAAUUUAACGAUGGACAAUAUGAGUCUGCUGCACAGCUUCAUUCAAGUGCUCAGCAGAUUUGUGCAGUUCUAUAUCCUGGAGAUGCUACAGAAAAUGGAAAGCUUUUACGAUUGAAGCAACAAUUUUUCCUUUGCAGUGCUUCACUUCAGGACAUAAUUUUCAGAUUUAAGGAGAGGAGAGAUGCAAAUGGCUCAUGGCAGUGGUCUGAGUUUCCAAGCAAAGUUGCAGUGCAACUGAAUGAUACACAUCCUACUCUUGCAAUUCCAGAAUUGAUGCGGCUACUAAUGGACGAUGAAGAGCUUGGAUGGGAUGAAGCCUGGGAUAUAACGACUAGGACAAUUGCUUAUACCAAUCACACAGUCCUUCCUGAAGCACUAGAGAAAUGGUCACAACCUGUUAUGUGGAAGCUUAUCCCUCGCCACAUGGAGAUCAUAGAAGAAAUAGAUAAGCAAUUUGUGGCCAUGAUACGUUCCACCCGACCUGAUCUUGAGAGUAAGCUUGAUAGCAUGAGAGUCCUGGACAAUAAUCCUCAGAAGCCAGUCGUGCGGAUGGCAAAUUUAUGCGUGCUGUCCUCACACACGGUAAAUGGGGUGGCGGAGUUACACAGUGAGAUCUUAAAAUCAGAGUUGUUUGUAGAUUAUGUUUCUAUGUGGCCUGCCAAGUUUCAGAAUAAAACCAAUGGCAUCACUCCUCGCCGAUGGCUCCGUUUUUGCAGCCCUGAAUUGAGUAGCAUAAUCACAAAGUGGUUAAAAACUGAUAAAUGGGUUACCAAUCUCGACCUUCUUUUGAAGCUUCGCCAGUUUGCUGACAAUGAGGAAUUGCAUGCUGAAUGGGCAGCUGCCAAGAUGGCUAACAAACAGCGUCUGGCACAGUAUGUUUUGCAAGUGACAGGUUUAAGCAUCGACCCCAGCAGCCUUUUUGACAUACAAGUUAAGCGUAUCCAUGAAUAUAAGAGACAGCUUCUGAACAUUUUGGGUGCAAUUUAUAGAUACAAGAAAUUAAAGGAGAUGAGCCCAGAAGAAAGGAAAAAGACAACCCCACGCACUAUCAUGAUUGGAGGAAAGGCAUUUGCAACAUAUACAAAUGCCAAAAGGAUUGUCAAGCUGGUUAAUGAUGUUGGUGAUGUUGUCAACACUGAUCCUGAAGUCAAUGACUAUUUGAAGGUUGUUUUUGUUCCAAAUUACAAUGUGACCGUGGCAGAAAUGCUAAUCCCAGGAAGUGAGUUGUCACAGCACAUCAGCACUGCAGGCAUGGAAGCAAGUGGCACUAGCAACAUGAAAUUUUCCCUUAAUGGCUGCCUCAUAAUAGGAACACUGGAUGGGGCCAAUGUGGAAAUCAGAGAAGAAAUUGGGGAAGAGAAUUUCUUCCUUUUUGGUGCCAAAGCAGACGAAGUCCCAAGGUUGCGCAAGGAGCGAGAAAAUGGACUGUUCAAGCCAGAUUCACGGUUUGAAGAGGCAAAACAAUUUAUAAGGACUGGUGCAUUUGGAAGCUAUGACUAUAACCCACUCCUUGAUUCUUUAGAGGGUAACAGUGGAUAUGGCCGUGGUGAUUAUUUUCUCGUUGGUCAUGACUUCCCAAGCUAUAUGGAAGCUCAAGCAAAGGUGGAUGAAGCUUACAAGGAUAAGAAGAAAUGGAUCAGAAUGUCAAUACUUAGCACAGCUGGAAGCGGAAAAUUCAGCAGUGACCGGACAAUCGUACAGUAUGCGAAGGAAAUCUGGAAGAUAGAAGAGUGCCCCGUACCAUAAUGCUUAAUGAGGCUCUGACGCUGCUGCACUUGCAUAUCAUAGUUCUCAAUUUUGAAAGUAAUAAUAAUGGUGUGAUUAGGUUGGACGAUUCCCUAUCACACUCUCAACAUUUUUCUUCGAAUAAGGAUGUAAAUGUAUGGUUAAAACCAGGAUUCAAUUCUAUUUCAUAUCCAUUUUUGGAUAUUUAUUUAGAUAGUUGGAUAUUGGAUAUGAAUUCCGACACCUUUUGGUAUUUAGAUGGUAGACGAACAUGGAUUCCAAUCCUAAUGUAUCAACUAUGAUUAUAAUAAUUAAUUUUAGAAUUUAUGCUUUACGUA